ACUCAGAAGUUAGAACCAUGGCGAUUGAUGCCGCUGAAACUCCCUCUCCUCCGUCUCUGUCACCUUCCCAUUUCAGGUUUCACUCAUUUCAUCCCUCUCUUCUUUAUCUUUCUCAAUUUCGUAAACAUAAGAAAAUGUUUUGGUUGCAGUCAACAGCGCCACUUCUAUCUCGCCGUCGACAGAAUCCAGUUCAAGAUGGAGACAUUCAUGGACCUGUUGGGCGUGGCGGGAAGGCGUCCCUGUCUUCCGAUAGUGGUCUGCUGCAGCUCACGUGAUGAGCUUGACGCCGUGAGCUCCGCCGUCGCAAGCGUACCUUAUAUCUCUUUCGCCCCUCUGUACAGUGACCUUGCUGAAGCAGACCGUGCUACGAUAUUAGAGUCCUUCAAGCAAGCAACCAUCAGGUGGAACUCAGAAGUUGGUGCUCAAUCAGCUGAUGACAGUGCGCUGGUGAAAGAGGAACAAAAAUCUCAUAUGAUAGUUGCCACAGAUGCAUGCCUUCCACUUCUGGCUUCUGGGGAGUCGCCUAUUUCUGCUUGUGUUCUCAUAAACUAUGAGUUACCAGCAAAAAAGGAAAUAUAUACGAGGCGUAUGGCGACUUGUUUAGCUGCAGAUGGCAUUGUAAUCAAUAUGGUUGUUGGGGGUGAGGUAGUAACUCUCAGAAGUAUUGAAGAAAGCAUUAACCUAGUCAUAGCUGAGAUGCCGAUAAAUAUUUCUGAGAUUUUAUGAAGACAAAUGAUCUCCUAUGCGAGACGACAAGUUAGAGGAUCAGAUCCUUCGUACUCUCCAAUGGUUGUAGCACUUUAACAUGAUGCUGGUGCUUUCUGAGUAGUCACUGGUAUCAAAUUUAAUCUGAUUUGGGUUUUGUAUUAACUUUUUUUCAUAGCUAGACCGAAAGACAAUAGUUGGC